AUGCAGUACGCCAAAUUCCUUCUCACUGCCUUCAUGGUAUCAUAUGUGGCAGCCGCUGCCGUACUUCUAAAGCAGACCGUACGCGAUGUAGCUCAAGAGGGCGCAUCUGAUCCUACCGGGGACGACGAAAAGGUCGUUUACACGCAGUGGACUCAUGAGGAGACAGACUGA